CCACAAGGCAGCAGGAGCAGAGAGCAGCCAUUGCUGUGUCUGGCAGCAGGAAUACACAGUAGUGAAGAAGACGCCCAGCUAUCCCCACGUGUCAGGAGCACCCAGAGCCCCAUCCCGGUGCCUCCACCUCACUCACUGAUACAUGAGGGAGACAAUGACCAGAAGAUCCUGGAACUCACCAACAAGAUCAUUCAGCUGCUGACUGGAGAGGUUCCUAUAAGGUGUCAGGAUGUCACUGUCUAUGUCUCCAUGCAGGAGGGGGAGUAUAUAGAGGAACACAGGGGUCUGUACAAGGACGUGAUGAUGGAGAAUCACCGGCCCCUCACAUCACUGGAUGGGUCCAGUAACAGAGAUACCCCAGAGAGAUGUCCCCGUCCUCUGUAUUCCCAGGAUUGUACAGAGGAGAAUCACAGGAUCCCACAGGAGGAUCAGGUAGAACAUCUGUCUAAUAUUAAAACAGAAGAUACAGAGGGAGAAGAAGAGACGUAUGUGACUGUUAUAAAAGAAGAAGAUAUAGACGGAGAAGAGGAGACAUAUGUGACUGAUAUAAAGGCAGAAGAUAUAGAGGGAGAAGAGGAGACGUAUGUGACUGAUAUAAAGACAGAAGAUAUAGAGGGAGAAGAAGAGACAAAUGUGACCGAUAUAAAGGCAGAAGAUAUAGAGGGAGAAGAAGAGACAUAUGUGACUGAUAUGAAGGAAGAAGAUACAGAGGGAGAAGAAGACACGUAUGUGAGGGGUAAUCAGCAGUGUAAGGAGGAGGAGAUCCCUACAGAUAUCAGCACAGAUGGACACACAAGCAGGAAUAUCUCAGAAGGACAUCUAAUGUUAUCCCUGGAUUGUGAAAUAAAAGAUGACAGUAGACAAGAAUCUCCAGGAGAUAACCCCAUUACCCCAAUUAUACAUCCAGCUCUAUCAGCUGGUCCCCCUGAUCCUGCAAAAUGUUCUCCUGAUCACUCUGAUAUUGGUGUAUCUGGUACAGCUCUGAGAGUAGAUACAGAGUUUCCAUGUGCUAUAGAUGCCAAUUGUUUUACACAGAACACAAAGCCUAUUAACCCACAGACCGGUAAGGCAGGUGAGAGGCCAUUUCUAUGUUCUGUGUGUGGGAAAUGUUUUGCAUACAAAUCAGUUCUUAUUAGACAUCAGAAAAGUCACACAGGUGAGAAGCCAUUUCCAUGUCCUGAGUGUGGGAAAUGUUUUGCACGGAAAUCAGAUCUUCCUAUACAUCACAGAAGUCACACAGAUGAGAAGCCAUUUCCAUGUUCUGAGUGUGGGAAAUGUUUCACACAGAAAUCAGUUCUUGUUACACAUCAGAGAAGUCACACAGGUGAGAAGCCAUUUCCAUGUUCUGAGUGUGGGAAAUGUUUUGCAUACAAAUUAGUUCUUAUUAGACAUCAGAGAAGUCACACAGGUGAGAAACCGUAUUCCUGUUCUGAGUGUGGGAAAUGUUUUUCAUCGAAAUCAGAUCUUGUUAGUCAUCAGAGAAUUCACACAGGUGAGAAGCCAUAUUCCUGUUCUGAGUGUGGUAAAUGUUUCGCACAGAAAUCAGCUCUUGUUUCACAUCAGAGAAGUCACACAGGUGAGAAGCCAUAUUCCUGUUCUGAGUGUGGGAAAUGUUUCGCACAGAAAUCAGCUCUUGUUACACAUCAGACAAGUCACACAGGUGAGAAGCCGUAUUCCUGUUCUGAGUGUGGGAAAUGUUUUGCACAGAAAUCAGCUCUUGUUACACAUCAGACAAGUCACACAGGUGAGAAGCCGUAUUCCUGUUCUGAGUGUGGGAAAUGUUUUGCACAGAAAUCAGCUCUUGUUACACAUCAGACAAGUCACACAGGUGAGAAGCCGUAUUCCUGUUCUGAGUGUGGGAAAUGUUUUAUCCAGAAAUUACAUCUUAUUAAACAUGAGAGAAGUCACACAGGCGAGAAGCCAUUUUCUUGCUAUGAGUGUGGGAAAUGUUUUAUCCAGAAAUCACAUCUUAUUAAACAUGAGAGAAGUCACACAGGCGAGAAGCCAUUUUCUUGCUAUGAGUGUGGGAAAUGUUUUACCUGGAAAUCACAAUUUGUUACACAUCAGCGAAGUCACACAGGUGAGAGGCCAUUUCCAUGUUCUGAGUGUGGGAAAUGUUUUAUCCAGAAAUCACAUCUUAUUAAACAUGAGAGAAGUCACACACGCGAGAAGCCAUUUUCUUGCUAUGAGUGUGGGAAAUGUUUUAUCCAGAAAUCACAUCUUAUUAAGCAUGAGAGAAGUCACACAGGCGAGAAGCCAUUUUCUUGCUAUGAGUGUGGGAAAUGUUUUACCUGGAAAUCACAACUUGUUACACAUCAGCGAAGUCACACAGGUGAGAGACCAUUUCCAUGUUCUGAGUGUGGGAAAUGUUUUGCACACAAAUCAGAUCUUAUUAAACAUGAGAGAAGUCACACAGGUGAGAAGCCAUUUUCUUGCUAUGAGUGUGGGAAAUGUUUUACCUGGAAAUCACAACUUGUUACACAUGAGCGAAGUCACACAGGUGAGAAGCCAUUUUCUUGCUCAGAAUGUGGGAAAUGUUUUACACGGAAAUUAGAUCUUUUUACACAUCAGAAAAGUCACACAGGUGAGAAGCCAUUUCCAUGUUCUGAGUGUGGGAAAUGUUUUGCACGGAAAUCGCAUCUUGUUAUACAUCAGAGAAGUCAUACAGGUGAGAGGCCACUGAUAUGUACUGAGUGUGAGAAAUGUUUUGCAUACAAAUCAGAUCUUGUUAGACAUCAGAGAAGUCACACAGGUGAGAGGCCAUAUUCUUGCUCUGAGUGUGGGAAAUGUUUUUCCCAGAAAUCACAUCUUGUUCUACAUCAGAGAAGUCACACAGAUGAGAGGCCGUUUUCUUGCUCUGAGUGUGGGAAAUGUUUUUCCCAGAAAUCACAUCUUGUUCUACAUCAGAGAAGUCACACAGAUGAGAGGCCGUUUUCUUGCUCUGAGUGUGGGAAAUGUUUUAGAUGGAAAUCACAACUUGUUACACAUCACAGAAGUCACACAGGUGAGAAGCCAUUUUCUUGCUCUGAGUGUGGGAAACAUUGUUUAAAUAAAUCACAUCUUGUUAUACAUCAGAGAAGUCACAUAGGUGAGAAGCCAUUUUCUUGCUCUGAAUGCGGGAAAUGUUUUUCCCAGAAAUCAUAUCUUGUUAUACAUCAGAGAAGUCACACAGGUGAGAAGCCAUUUUCUUGCUCUGAGUGUGGGAAAUGUUUUAGAUGGAAAUCACAACUUGUUACACAUCACAGAAGUCACACAGGUGAGAAGCCAUUUUCUUGCUCUGAGUGUGGGAAACAUUGUUUAAAUAAAUCACAUCUUGUUAUACAUCAGAGAAGUCACACAGGUGAGAAGCCAUUUUCUUGCUCUGAAUGCGGUAAAUGUUUUUCCCAGAAUUCACCACUUGUUACACAUCAGCGAAGUCACACAGGUGAGAAGCCAUUUUCUUGCUCUGAGUGCGGGAAAUAUUUUUCCCAGAAAUCAUAUCUUGUUAUACAUCAGGGAAGUCACACAGGUGAGAAGCCAUUUUCUUGCUCUGAGUGUGGGAAAUGUUUUAGAUGGAAAUCACAACUUGUUACACAUCACAGAAGUCACACAGGUGAGAAGCCAUUUUCUUGCUCUGAGUGUGGGAAACAUUGUUUAAAUAAAUCACAACUUGUUAUACAUCAGAGAAGUCACACAGGUGAGAAGCCAUUUUCUUGCUCUGAAUGCGGGAAAUGUUUUUCCCAGAAAUCACCACUUGUUACACAUCAGCGAAGUCACACAGGUGAGAAGCCAUUUUCUUGCCCUGAGUGUGGGAAACGUUUUACACGGAAAUUAUAUCUUGUUAGACAUCAGAACUCACACAAGUGAGAAUAUAUUUCCAUGUUCUGAGUGUGGGAAAUGUUCUGCACACAAAUCAGAUCUUAGAAACCAUGAGAGAAGUUGCACAGGUGAGAAGCCAUUUUCUUGCUCUUAGUGCGGGAAAUGUUUUACAUAGAAAUCACAACUUGUUACACAUCACAGAAGUCACACAGGUGAGAAGCCAUUUCCAUACUCUGAGAAAUAAAUCGGCACUUGUUGCACACAUUAGACAUCACUCAGGUGAGGAACCAUUUUAAUCUUCUGGAGUAUACUCCUCAUUGCCAUGCAUUGUUCUUCAAAGUUCUUAUCCUAUCUCCUAUGCUUUUUGCAAUAUACAUGUUACCACUGGGUGAAAUAAUCAGGUGUCAUGCCCUCAUCUACCACUGCUAUGCAGAUGACCUGUCUUUUGAUCCAGGUACUGAGAAACCAGUACCAAUCCUAAAUGGUUGUCUAGCUGAGCUCCAGGUGUGGGUGAUGCCAGUUGGCUGUGACUCAGUCCUGGUGAAACAGGUCCUUAUGAUAGAAGCUCACCAAUAAACGGCAGGGCUACAACUCAGCUUUACUACCAACCAGACGCCACAUAACACCCAUUCUCUGUUCCCUCCACCGGCUGCCUGUAAGAUGGUGACUGUUACAUAAUCUUACUGACUCUCCCAGCCCUACAUGACCAGGGUCCAAGGUACCAGAAGCAGCUUCUGACUCCUUACUGUCCUACUUGCUUCCAUCUGCAGAUGGACUGUUACCAGCAAUACCAAGAAACCCCAAGCAGUGCUGAGAUGUCAGAGGGGAGACAGGGUGGGUGGCACUAUUGCUGUAUCGGUGGCACUGUCUGGGUAAUAUUAUCCCCAAGCAGAGCUGAGGGGGUACUCAGGGUGGCUGGCAGUAGUGGGGACUGCAGGAGGCAGUGUAUGUGUGAGAAUCUUGUCCUCAAGCAGAGUUAAGGUGUCAGAGGGGGAGACAAGGUGGUGAAAGUAGUGGAAAGGAGACAGGGCGGAUGGCAGUAGUGAGCGGAGACAGGGUGGGUGGCAGUAGUUGGGGGAGACAGGGUGGUGGCAGUAGUGGGGGGAGACAGGGUGAGUGGCAGUAGUGGAAGGAGACAGGGCGGUGACAGUAGUGGGGGAGA